AUGGAGGUCGAAAGUCGGGUCGAGUUGCCAGAUGGACAUUUGGUCAAUCUUUCUCCACGAAACCAGCGCGAAACUGAUCAAAGUCAACCACGAUACCAAGCAUAUCGAGCCGAGUACACGGUGAACGAACUAUCGGCAAGCCCAGUUGCCCAAGUUGCGGGCGGUGCAAAGCCGUUCGAGCUCGGCGAACGGACUCCACCAAGCGACACGCUUUACAAGACGAGAUCUGGGACCAAGCUGCCAGUUGCAAAAAGUAUUCGCGAUAAGAACCGCGACAGAGACAAUGAAACGCCGAGCCCAACCGGUAUACCUAAGCCAUCGCCGGGAACGUUAUCAUCGGGGGGAUCUACUGGCGACUCUGCGGGGCGUCAACAGUAUUGGUCCAAAAUUCGAGACAGAGUUGACAGAGGGUCUCCAUUGAUGCAGCGCGCGUCGUAUGUGCGAUCGAGGGAAGGUGAUCGGAAAAGAUCUGAGAGAUAUCGUAAUUAUCGCACUUGCAGCGGCCCCUUGGAAUACGACACGGUGCCUGGGCAGGAAAAAGACUCGGAGGAAAGUGUUUUGCCCCCGAGUCCCUACGGUGCCUGCAGAGAUCAGGGUGUCCAUCAAAUCGCGUCAAAACCUGAACAACACGCUGAAUCGAGGCCAAAUGGUGACUCUUGGGUUUCGUCACUGGUGAAAUACUCGAAUUCACACAAUGGCAAUUCCACGGAUAGCACAAGCGACGCCUCCCAAGAAUCAAACAUCUCCGUUUCUCCGGUCUCCGACGAUGAAGAUUCAGCGGAUUGGGAGGAUCGUUUCGUAGUGCACAUGCCGAGUGCCAAGGAACCAAACCCGCCCACGAUGACUUCGCAGGAAAUUGCAGAAUAUCAGCAACGUAUCGAGCGAGAGCAUCGACAAGGCCGGCGUUUGGUCGACAAGACUGAUGCACGGGGCCUGCGGAAUCAAUCACCAUCGAUUGUGCAAUCGAGCUCUCCUCCAGGUACCGCUAAAACACCUCCUUUUAUAGCCUAUGAGGACAGUUCUCCUCCUCUGGAGUCAAAGACUGCGCAGCAGCCGUCACCGCCACAGUUAGAACAGCCAGCCGAGCCACCGCAGCCACCCCGAGGGCCUGAACCCCAGGAUUACUUUUGUCCAGAUGAGAUCGGCAACCAUCGAAUCAGUACAAUCUGGGAGGAAUCUCCAUCGAAGUCACACGAGAGAAAAGUCACACCACCUGCGGAUGGCUCUUUUUUAGGGUGCAAGGAGAUCAACGGAGAUGGGACAAGGAAUCCAGACGAAAUACUGCUAUUCGGUUCCGGAGAGAGCCCAGCAAGCCUCCAACCACGUCCGUUGGCCGUCAAGUCGAAGAAGAAGCAGACCGCCGAAAAGAAGGCCUCAGAUACGCCUACAAUGCUCACAAUAUCCAGCAAACAUCAAGACAAAAACCAAGCAUCGGAAGGGCGGGUAGAUCCUAUUCAGAGUUCGAAGCUUCCCCCAUGCUCGAAGUUGCCAGUAACGACCAUGUGCCGCGAUCCUCAAGCAACCCACGAUAUCCCAAGAUUGCCUUUGCAGACUUCGGAGCAAGCCAUCUCUCGAAUAUCGGACCCGGAAAUCCGCUCGGCAGAGAAGUCGGAGGGGACUCGUGGAGACGACGAUGUGUUCAUUAUCACACCCACUAUCACACGCACUAUGCUUCCAGUCCCAGGCUACAGAGCAGUCGAGAAAAGGCCGUCUGCUUUGAGACCUCAAGGUCUUCGACGUCAAGGCGACGUUGGCCAUUCAAUCACCUACGAGGCAGUGAAGGCCGUGCGAGCGGUGCCUCAGGUCGUCACUACUCCAUCAGGGCUUCGAUAUACAGCAGGAAAAUUGCAAUCAAGCUCGAAAAUGCACUCCGUCGAAUCGCUGGAAUCCACCAAGAGUCACGUCGCCGACCAGACUCAAAAGUUGAAGCCUGCUCCCGACGACACGACGGAGACACCACCACUCGCAGAGAAAAAAGCAAAAUUUCAAAGGGAGAUCAAGUUCAUCAGGAGCAUGCCUCUGCUGAGAUCAUCAAACAGCCAGGUAGAGAACGAGGAGGAACACAGUCAGGCGCCAAGCUCUAUCCGUGGAUUCAUCCGUACCACCGGGCUCGCAAGGCCGGUAGGACUGGCAAAGUCUCCUACAGACCAUCUGGCCAGUAUUCUGCGAAAUGGCACAGACUCGAUCCGCAGCCGAGCUGAGGCUAUGCGCAAGAAUCGAAAGGAGUCGCCCGUGUCUGUUCCGAGUAGAGAGAACUCAGAGUCCUCUCGGUCCGAAUUGUCUUUUACGUCGGUCAACGAUCUGUCCAAACUGACAUCUCCGCCGUCCCCUUGGUCUUCCCCGAGGAAACUCUCACCGGCAAUCAAAGUUCUUUUUGGCGAUAGUGAGCCAGAAAGACGGAGACUUUCGUACGACAAGUCUCCCAGGCCGAGUGUCGAAGAUCUCACCAGCACAAAGACCUCUCAAACUGCUGUGCAGUCGCUGCAGUCCGCCGUGAAGCCUACUCCGGUGGUUGCUGUGGAGGAAACGACUCGUGUUUUGGCCGAGUCUAAAUUCGCCGAGGAGGACUCCAAAUCAACUACGGAAGACUCCAAACCCGCGAAGCUGACUCGAGCCCAACGACUGGAAAAAUUCAAAGAGGAAGCUCGAAUCCGUCGUGCCGCCAGGAUGGCAAGGGAGAACAUGGUGGCAAUUGAGAAAACGGUCGACGUCGCCGGACUCGCUGAGUUGGACGGUCGCCAAGUUACUGGUCGUAAGAGCAAACUCCAACCCAAUAUCACGGAUGUUCAAGAUGUCUGUGAAAAUUUGCAUGAGCUGAAUGCGAGAGAAAAGGACGAUUAUUCGAACGACAAUAUUCAACCCUUCGUGCUGACGAUGAUCUUCGAGAUUGUUGUUGUCGCUGUCACCUCCGUUCACCGAUUCGGCCUUCAAGCUAUCACUAGCCCCUACGUCAAGUUUUUUGCGGUCAAUCUCGCCAGCAUGAUCCGACACUGCUACCGGGUCUCGAGCCGAAUAUACUACGCUGCAUUGCACUACCAAGUCUCGGGUGUUUGGCCAGAUAUGUCCGACGACCAGGCCGUGCGGCGUUUUGUUGUGGACCUUCUCCAGGCCACCAUCUACUUGUUUGUUCUUGCUUUCGCUUCUCUGCUUGUCUACCGCACUAUCGGCUAUUGCUAUCUGAUCGGAAGUUGGUUUUUGUGGCUGUGCAGUCCUUUUGCGUGGUUCCUCAACUGUACCACUCGCGCGAUCAUGAUGUGA